GGGAUGAAAAACUGUGCGUGGCUUUGAGCGCGCGCAAUCCUCGUGCAGAAGAACAUAAGAGAAACGCUUGGCGAGCGUGCCAUUUCGGGAGCAUAGAAGCGUUCGUGAUUGUUUCGUAGCUUCGCUGUUGGUGCGUCCGACUCGUCAACAUCCGCGACCGCUUUCCAGCAUGGCUUGCCGGUGGAUUGCCGCGAUCCUACUGGUGUUCGUCGACCCGCAAGGCGUGGUGGCUGCCUACUACGGUGUACCCAUCGGUCCAGUCACCAUGAUCGCGCAUGGCUUCACGGGCAAAAUGUUCGCCGCCACUGAAAAAAGCAUCUACAUAACGGAGAUGAAUUACGACGGACAAGGCCCAUCGGCGUUCUUCUGGGGCGGAUUUGCCCCGACUCUCAGCAAGAACGGCGACCAGCUGCCCGACGAGCACGGAAGCAAUGCAGUGCUGAAGGCCUACGCGAACGCCAACGUGUACCUGAAGCUUCCCAAGAAAAUCACCGACUACAAGGCCAUUGGCAUCUUAUGCACUUCAGCCGAUGCCGACUUCGGCAACGUGAGGAUACCGGACAACUUCGUGCUACCGAAGGAGCAGAGCCUCGGCCAGCUCGCUGCAAAGAAGCCGAAUACCAUGGCAACCGAGGUCAUCCUCAAGGACAGCGCCACCAUGCUGAUCAAGGGGCUUGAUUACGACGGUAGCUGCGCCGGCUCCGCGUUCUUCGUGGCAGCGGCGGACGCCAACACCCCAGCGGCUAACAUGACCAAAUUGGCAUAUGACAACGGAAAGACGACCAAGCUGGAGCGCUACACUAAGGCAGACGUCACGGUCACGCUACCCGCUGACCACCACUGGGACGAGUUCGGGUGGUUCUCGGUGUACUGCAUGGACACGAAGGAAAGUCACGCCGAUAUCGCCAUCGCCAAGCCGGUGGCCCAGUCGCUGCCUGUCUUCAUGGCUCCCUCGAAAGACCCUCCGCCUCAGAGUAAUCCUGCUGGAGACAGCAACAAGCCUAAGGACAAUCCUGCUGGAGACAGUAACAAGCCUAAGGACGAUGCAGGCACAUUGUCGGCGCUGUCAGUUGUCACCCUGAGCAUUGGCGCCCUACUGACUGCUCUCGCCGUUCGACGAUGCUUCGAGGGAGGCCAGCGCGCCAAGACCUCCUGAGGACAGCUGCUUAUUUCCGUGGGCUGGCAGGGAUCCACGUCUGUGCGGGCGCAUUCUACCUGGAGCAAGACCGACCUCGCGCACGCCGACUCACCAGCGGUCGCCUUCCACCACUGUACAACCCUAGAAAUAAAAGCUGACCACAUGGCACGAAUUUAUCUA